AUGAAGAAACCUUUGACGGCAGCACCUGCACGCCUCCAGCGUAUGCUACUGCAAUUACAGAAGUAUGAUCUACGUAUCGUCCAUGUUGCAGGAAAAGACAUACCAGUUGCUGACACGCUCUCGCGCAAGUUUCUGACUACAAAAGAUGAUGGGAUGUCAGAAGAAAUGGAAGCGCAAGUUCAUAUGGUACUCGCAAAUCUCCCUGUGAGUGACCACAAGAUGUCACAACUACGAGACGCCAUUAACAAUGAUGUUCAGAUGCAACAACUGAGGACAACCAUCCUCAAUGGUUGGCCAGAUUCCAGAAGCGAAUGUCCAGAAAGCAUCAUCGAAUACUGGAAUCAUCGGGACCAACUUACCGUCAUGGAUGGUCUCAUAUUCAAAGGGGAAAAGAUCAUCAUUCCCAAAGGCCAGAGAUCCGAGCUCCUCCAGAAGAUCCACUCCAGUCACUUCGGAAUGGAGAAGUGCAAAGAACGAGCCCGUGACAUUCUAUUCUGGCCCGGCAUGAACGCAGAGAUUGAAGCUGCAGUUGCCAAUUGUACAGUAUGCUGUGAGAAACAGAGAUCAAACAGCAAGGAACCACUACAGCCACAUGAAAUACCAUGCCGUCCCUGGCAGAAGGUGUGUGCAGACCUGUUCACUUGGAACAACAAAGAGUACAUCGUUCUGGCUGACUACUACAGUCGUUUCUUCGAAAUAGACCAGCUCAGAAGCCUGUCUUCAUCAGCAGUGAUCCGCAAGUUAUCCGUCAACUUUGCACGUCAUGGGAUCCCUGAAAUCCUGAUGAGUGACAACGGUCCACAGUUUGCAUCAGCUGAAUUUGCAGACUUCGCCAGCAGAUGGGACUUCAAACAUAUUACAUCAAGCCCCAGAUAUCCUCAGUCCAAUGGACUAGCUGAAAAGUGUGUGCAAAUAUCGAAGAACAUUCUGGACAAAACAUACAAGGAUGGCAUUGAUCCACUCCUUGCACUGCUAGAAUAUCGGACAACACCAGUUGACAACUUGGCUUCGCCCGCGCAACUUCUGAUGAGCCGACGUCUGCGGUCAGUGCUUCCCACCACUGGCAAACAACUUCAGCCCAAAGUUGUCGAACCUGCCGAUGUGUGUGCAAGACGCGAACAAGUUCAGUCCCGUCAGAAACUGUUCUAUGACCGAGCCGCCAGGAAUCUGCCACCGCUUCAAAUGAAUGACAGUAUCUAUUUGCAGACCGCUGACAAAACCUGGAAGCCAGCCCAGAUCACCAGAGUAGAUCCAAAUCGCUCAUACCAAGUGCAGACAGCAGAUGGUGCCCAAUAUCAACGCAACAGGCGCCACCUAAGACACACACCAAUGAGAAACCCCAGCAGCAAUGCCGAUGAUACACCAACGGACUUAACAUCAGUGCCACUCCAGAAGGUGACAGCAUCAACAUCGUCCAAACCAACACCGUCCAAACCAAUGACUGUUACCAGAUCUGGAAGAGUCGUAAGAGCUCCUCAAAAGUUGAACCUAUAG